GACUCUCGAACGGCCGAUAGAUUCUUCGAAACCUUCAAAAAGAAAGAAGGAAAUUUCACCGACAAGAUAGAGGCAGUUUCUGUUCUUCGUGACGAUACCACUUCCAACUCCUCUAUUCAGAUCUGUAAUUUUCUCGUAGAUGGUAAGAUGGAGCAUAUAAAAGAGAAGAUAGAGGUAGAGAACAAGUCAGUUUCUUUCUUAGCUCUUGAAGGAGACGUGUUGAAGCAAUACAAGAGCUAUAGGAUAAGACUUGACGUUGUUCCUAAAGAUGAUCGAGUUUGUAUUGCCAAGUGGACCUGGGAGUACGAGAAGCUAAACGAAGACGUUCGUCCUCCUACCAGAUACACUGCGUUCGUUGCAGAAUACACGCGCGACCUCGAGACAAGGUUGUUGUCUGAAUCGUGAACAGAUCAUCAAUGUCUCCGAGUUAAUUGGCUUGUUAAGUAAACUAAAUCUUGUUAAGCAAAAAUAAAAUAAAAUACACAACAAGAGUCCAUAUAGUUCCCCUGUUUGGUCCAUCUUGGGACUUGCUCACAGUUCUUCAAAAUGUACUACUCCCUCCGUUCUAGUUUAACUGUAGUUUAAGGUUUUUGCACACAGAUUAAGGAAACUAUUAAAUUUUA